CUUUUGUUUACUAUAAUAACGUCAACCAAUGAAUGAGUCGUGUAAUUCAUUGUCUAUUUUGUUUUGAUUGGAUAAGACUACGACAUUUUCGAGAUUUCAUUGAUGAUUCCGCUGUUAUUAUAACAUGUCGUCACCUAUAAACAUUCCAGUAAUCGAUCUCAAUCAUUGGAAAUCAUCUCCUGCUGGUCGAACAAAAGUGGCUCAAGAGUUUACUCGAGCAUUCGAAGAUAUCGGCUUUGCAUACAUCGUCAAUCAUCGCGUGCCGCAAACAAUUAUCGAUCAAGUUUUUGUCCAACACCGACGAUUCCACGAACUGCCGUUGAAUGAGAAGAAUAAAAUUCGAUUGAACCAGUGGCAUCGAGGCUAUCUUCCACUGGCUUCGUAUCAGGUAAAACGUGAAUCUCGGUCAAAGGGUGAGCUUAUCGAAGAUAUCGCAGCUACUGUUCAAGCACCGAACCAAAGCGAAUCAUUCAUCAUAAAUCAUGAGCAUUUCGAAGGGCCUCCUGAUGUGGCAGAAACUGAUCUGUACGAUCGAUAUUUACAAGGUCCUAAUCUGUGGCCUCAGGGAAUGCCAGAUUUUCGGAAUGCUGUUUUGGCGUACUAUCACCAGUUGGAAGAACUUUCUUUGGAGUUGACCAAAAUUUUCUUUCUAGCCAGCAAAGCAGACUUUAACCGAUUUUCCCUUCAUUUUCUGCGACCGUCGAUUGGUCUUCGGAUGCUCCAUUAUCCACCGCAACCUUCACCAAUCCCUGAUGGAGUAUUCGGCUCAGCACCGCAUUGUGAUCACGGCUUCAUAACCAUUCUAGUCCAAGACGACACCGGUGGUCUAGAGGUUAAAGCACCAAAUGGUGAAUGGAUCUCAGCUCCAAAUAAGAUUUCUUCGAAUGGUGAAACGGCAUUCCUUGUCAAUCUUGGUGAUAGUGCCUCCAAAUGGACAAAUGAUUGUCUGCGAGCGACGCCCCAUCGCGUAAUCAAUCGAUCUGGUCGCGAUCGGUAUUCGAUUGCUUUCUUCUGGGAUCCUCAGCUGGAUUUGCUCAUUGACACGCGUGAUCUGGGAACACGAUGGUGUCCAGCUGACGAGGAACCAAAAUACAAGCCACAAUCAUAUGGUCAACAUUUAAAGAGUAUUUUAUCCGAUAAUUAUGCUGAUUUGUACAAAACAAUCGAUGGUGCUACUGAUAAACGUUGAACUAACGACACUUUUGAAUUUGGC